AUGUCUUUGAACGAGGAGUACAUCACGCUCAUUCUGGACGAACUCGCAGGCCUGAGCGGGGCCCACCUUGUCAUACCGCUCCGUGAUAUACGCGCAAACUGCUACUACCCAAUCAAAUAUCUGAAGUUCCUCGCCUGGACUAUUUAUUGGCUCGAAGGAACAAUUACCUUAGAUGGCGAGGUUCUUCAGGUUGAGGACCAGCUAACUUCAAGCUCAGUCUACACCUUCCACUUGGACCCACCCAGAGACCUAUCAGAAGCUGCACCCGUUAAUCCAGACGCCGCUCUCAAGACCGAUUCAUCAACCUCUGGUACACGCAACGCUAUCUUCAUGAGUGGCCUUCUCAAGCGUGACGAAAGCUGUACUUUCACCGGAAUGGUAGACUCUCACUGUGAUUCCGUACAUUUGAUCCCAUUCUCCAAGGGUCCAGACUUCUUUCAAGCCGUCGUCGAUAGCCGUUCUCGCUCAACCUCACACGUCUGUGAAGAAAACAUUCCUUCGCUCGGCGACGAACUCUCCAAUGGUAUCUUACUCUGUCAAGAAAAUCGCAUGUUGAUAGAUGAGAAGUGCCGAUAUUCCAUCUCCUCCGACUUUUCGCAUGUUCCUCUCGAAAGGCAUCUGUCCUAUCCGCCAGAAGAACGCUACACCCUUCAGCAAAUAUCUUUGGUCGGCAAGUACCUCACUCACCAAAAAGACUCGGUAUGGACACCCAAUAACGUCGAUGCCGCUUGUGUCACGGCGACCGGACUGCCACAACCAUCUGUGCUCCUUCUUCACUAUCGUUAUGCCGCCAACGUCCUGAUACUCUGGGGACGAAACACGGAAAAACUCUCAGAGCUGGAAGGCUCCACCACACGGCGUCCUAAGCCUUGUGUGGGUUCUUCUACGAAACAAACUUCCGAAACAUCGGACGAUCGUCUCUCCGCAAAUCCACCACACUUCCCAGAGCCUUCGCAAAGAGUCACUCAGGCUGGUGGUGCCUCUACUGAAGCCAAGGAUUCCAUGGAUCUUCUGCUCGAAAUCCCUCACCUCCGUCAAAACAUCCUUGACGCACGAGCCGCACGACAGGAAGAGCUCCGAAUAGACGUACUCGAUUGGCAGAGCAAGACCACAGAUUCACAGAAAUGA